UAUAACAAUAACGUAGGCUAUUGUUAUUUAAUUAAUUGACACAUAUUCAAUACGAAAUAUAGCUAUUAUCAUAAUAAUGAGAUAUGACCUAUAUUAUCUGACAGGUGGAUACAUUUCUUGCAAGAUCACACCAAUUCGACUUGUCAUUGGGUCUUGGUGCCUGUUGACUCUUGUGCUGCUUAACGUUUACAACGGAAUUCUCAUCUCCUACGUGACGGCAACUCAUCGCGAGCCGGCGCUCAUCAACUCCAUCGAUGACGCCGCCUCCGCUUCCAACAUCCACGUCAUUACCAACAAAGGACAAGGACCCGAUGUUGUAUUUUCGACAGCAACAACAGGAUUGUACAAAGCGAUUGGUGACAAAUUACGAGCCUACCCAAUGUCGAGGUGUAACAUUACUCAGCAAUGUGUCGACCUGGUGAAAUCGUUACCUGCUCAACACGUCUAUUACAACGGUGUGACUAUUUUGAAAGCUGCCAUAAAAGAUGACUACGAAAAACAUCACCAGUGCAAGACCAUCAUAUCAGCGUUGGAUACUUCAAACAGAGCUGCAGGCUGGGGUUUGGCGAAAAAAAGUCCUCAUCUCGAAACAUUCAAUCGAGGGCCUAAUAAGUUUCUGAUAAAAUUUGAAAAGUUUCCCGUGUCAGUGAACAUCCUGAGAAAUUCCACCGGUCACCAGAUCGGACUGGAAGGCGUUUCACCUCUGAUGCUCGACUGGCUCUCCCGUCGAUACAAAUUUAAGUAUUCCUUCCUUGAAGUUAAUGUUACCAGCCUGGAAGAUAGAGGACCUAAAUUCCCAGGAUUCAUUAGCUAUGCAUUAAGAGGAGAGUGCGACUUGAUACUCACUGCAAUGGUGCAAACGUCUGAACGACUGCGCAGUUUAGAAAUGGUCCAUCCGUGGUUUUACACGCAGGUUGCCUUUCUCAUUCCAAUCCCCGAUGAUAAUAAAAACAACGUCAACGCCAUCAUCAAACCGUUUCAAUUUUGGGUUUGGACUGGGCUAAUUAUAGCCUCGGUAGCCGUCAUCAUCACUGUCUUAGGCUUCAAUCGAAUUUUGAAAAUCAAAAUUCUUUCCAUCAGAUAUCAAAGCGGAGAAAGGAAUAACCAGCAGCAGGGGAUGCAUCAGCAGGUUGGCGUGACGGAAAAUAUCUUCAGUUACAUCCUUACAACAUUAUUGAAUCAGGGUGGAUACAUUUCUUGCAAGAUCACGCCAAUUCGACUCGUCAUUGGAUCUUGGUGCCUGUUGACUCUUGUUCUACUCAACGUUUACAACGGAGUUCUCAUCUCCUACGUGACGGCAACCCACCGCGAGCCAGCGCUCAUCAAUUCAAUGAAUGACGUAGCCUCCGAUUCCAAAAUCCGCGUCAUUGUCAAUAGAGGGCAAGGACCUGACAUUGUAUUUUCGGUAAUAGUUGGGGAAAAUCCAUUGGUUCCAAAUGCAGCGGUAGCAGUUAUAAUUAUAAGCCAAUUAGCUCAUUAA